CGCCCCUUCCUCCCUCUCCUCGUGAACGCGCUCGGCACCGUGCGCGCGACCAGCGAGUGAACGCGACCUUAACAUUCGCGCCGUUUCUUUUUUAUUUUCUUUCUUCGUCGCCGCAACAAACAAACAAACAAACAAGCAAAACAACAACAACAGUAAACAGGAUGGGCGGGAAGGAGCGGUGAACGAGGAAGAAACCGGGGCUCGCGCGGACUGACGGCUGUCAGUUCUUUGCCUGCAGUCUUUUCGGGACCUGGAUAAAGCUGUAACAGGUGUGUUCUCUGUCCUGCAGAGAGGGGGCUUAUCCAUCAUUCGUGCCUCAUCCACCGAGGUGGGUUAAGAUGAGUAUAACAAGCGAUGAAGUCAACUUUUUGGUCUACAGAUACCUCCAGGAGUCAGGUUUCUCCCACUCUGCGUUCACCUUUGGCAUCGAGAGCCACAUCAGCCAGUCCAACAUCAACGGCACACUAGUGCCCCCUGCUGCCCUCAUCUCCAUACUGCAGAAGGGCCUCCAGUACGUGGAGGCUGAGAUCAGCAUUAAUGAGGAUGGGACAGUCUUUGACGGCCGGCCGAUCGAGUCUCUGUCUCUCAUUGACGCGGUGAUGCCGGACGUGGUUCAGAGCCGACAGCAGGCUUUCAGAGAGAAGCUGGCGCAGCAGCACCAGGCCGGGGGCGGAUCGGUGGCGGCCUCGGGGGGUCAGGCCAUCACGGUAAAGAAUGGAGAGACCACCGUCAAUGGGCAGGAGAACGGCACACACGACUUGAAUAACCAUGCUGAGCCCAUGGAGGUGGACGGUGAUGUGGAGAUUCCAGCUAGCAAGGCCACAGUUCUGCGGGGCCACGAGUCAGAAGUGUUCAUCUGCGCCUGGAACCCUGUUAGCGACCUCCUAGCGUCUGGGUCGGGCGACUCAACAGCACGGAUAUGGAGCCUGAGUGAGAACAGCAACAGCAGCUCCACCCAGCUGGUCCUGCGUCACUGCAUCCGUGAGGGGGGCCAGGACGUGCCCAGCAACAAGGACGUCACCUCGCUGGACUGGAACAGUGAUGGUACUCUCUUAGCUACCGGGUCCUAUGAUGGAUUUGCCAGAAUAUGGACAAAAGACGGUAAUCUCGCCAGCACUUUGGGUCAACACAAAGGCCCUAUAUUUGCACUGAAGUGGAACAAGAAGGGGAACAGUAUUCUGAGCGCAGGAGUCGAUAAGACGACAAUCAUCUGGGACGCACACACAGGAGAGGCGAAGCAGCAGUUUCCCUUCCACUCAGCUCCGGCGCUGGACGUGGACUGGCAGAACAACACCACCUUCGCCUCCUGCAGUACAGACAUGUGCAUCCACGUGUGCCGGCUGGGCAGCGACAGGCCGCUCAAGACCUUCCAGGGACACACGAAUGAGGUGAACGCCAUCAAGUGGGACCCCAGUGGAACCCUGCUGGCCUCCUGCUCUGACGACAUGACGCUGAAGAUUUGGAGUAUGAAGCAGGACUCGUGUGUUCACGACCUCCAGGCCCACAGUAAAGAAAUCUACACCAUCAAAUGGAGUCCUACAGGCGCAGGCUCCAACAACCCCAACGCCAGCAUCCUGCUGGCCAGUGCGUCCUUCGACUCCACGGUGCGACUGUGGGACGUGGACAGAGGCGUGUGCGUCCACACUCUGACCAGACACCAGGAGCCGGUCUACAGCGUGGCCUUCAGUCCGGACGGCAAGUUCCUGGCCAGUGGCUCCUUCGACAAGUGUGUCCACAUCUGGAGCACAGCAAGUGGAGCUUUGGUGAACAGCUACAGAGGAACUGGGGGCAUUUUUGAGGUCUGCUGGAACAGCACUGGGGACAAAGUCGGCGCCAGCGCAUCAGACGGCUCGGUGUGUGUUCUGGAUCUGCGGAAAUAGACGCCUGCCGGAGCGACGAUGGAUCUGGAACCUCGCAGCUAAAUGCCUUUAUUACAUCCGAACUCUACACGAUCGCACACGACCAAGACGGGGCCAUGAAGCAGGAACACGACUACGCCAGGAAGAGAAGAAUCCCAAAUGUUUAAAACCAAAUUGGAAGCAGAAGGGCUCGGAGCAGAGGGUGACCGAUCAGACCAGGCCUUGGUCAGGGCCUGAGGGACGGAACCGGCGUCAGUUUGGCUAUGAUGGCGAAGCUCAAGGAGGUGUUAACCCUGACGUCUCCAGGCUCGUCGGCCCUGCUGUCCUCUGGCAGCGGCAGAUCAGUGAGCUAUUAGCCAAGCAUCUUAUUUUCCCCACAGCGCAAGAGGGCAGGAGCGCAAGAGGGCAGGAGCGCAAGAGGGCAGGAGCGCAAGAGGGCAGGAGCGCAAGAGUGCAGGAGCGCAAGAGUGCGCAAGCCGGUUGCGCUGGUGUUCUCGCUCUCGAGCGAUUCCUCCUCAGCGGAGAGUGGAACGUGUUUGGAGAGACUCUGGCGGUUUAACCGAGCUGUUCUCCAUCUCAAGCACAUCAUUACUACUGAGAUCAGUGAAGAAACUCAGCUGCCGAGUGCUUUUUCAAACUUUUUAGUGGGGAAAAAACUAAAUAUGUGGUGCCCUCUGGAUGUAAAUGAAACGAAUGUAUAGAUGUGUAAAUUAGAGGAAUACACAGAUUUUAUAUACUGUGUAUAUAUGUUUAUAUGCCGUGUACGUAGUCAUCGUCAUCCUCCUCCUGAAGCCUCGGCCUCGCGCUUUUGCUAACGCUGCGUUUCUACUGGGUCCGAAUUUUGUCGAUCCCGUCUGCUGGGCUGCUGGUGAAGUUCAUAGCGCAGAAGCUGAAGACGUGUACUGUAUUUUAUGUGCCUCUGAAUCUUGAGAAAACCGUAGUUCUCAGCCCAGGUUCUGUUUCUCACACUGGUUUUACAAGUGAAAUAAAGCCUUUUGGGAAUGUAGAUACACAGAUUAGAGCCCUAGAUGGCCAACAGGGGGCGCCAAUAAAGGAGCCCAAUAGACCCACAGCAUUGAUUUUCACUGAUUUUGAAGUUUUUCUUUAAGAUGACGUGACCAAAUCGGAUUGUUUUUUUGUUUUGUUUUGUUUUCUGCAAAGAACAUCUGCUUUUUUCUUAAUAUAAUGCAUUUUUGUUUGAAAUUUGAAAUAAAAAAUCCAAAGUCUCACCAUCCGAGUCCACCAUACACCUAGAUUCGCACAGCUUUACUGUGUGUAUAAACACACUGAGGGUCAACACACUGUUGGAAAACGAUGCUCCAAACUAACGACUUAGUCAAAAACGUAAUUCACUAGAAAAGUUUGGGUGAAAUAAAAGAUUUCAGCUCCAAGUUUGGCUAAAUUAAGGCAGUAGCUCAUCAUUUUUAAAGCAAUGAAAUAAAACUUUGACACGGGGGCUGCAAAAGUUUGGGCACCCCCGAUUUCCGUAGUUUUCUGAGUGAAAAUAAUUUAAAGUGUCCUCUGUGGAGAACAAGCUUCCUCACAUUUUAAAACACACCUGCUGUUUAUUUGCUGGAUUUAAAGUGAAAACAUUAGAAUAAAACCUGAGACGUGGACUGGACGGGUAUCAGAAGAUGCACCAGGUCUCAGUCCUUCAUUUAUAUUCUUAAUAGAUUACAAAAAUCUCGUUAAAUAA